AUGACUCGUCUAAGCUGGUCCUUUUUGUCUUUUUGUCUCCGUCUGUGGGCUGGUGAUCGGUGGCACGCGCUUCUCGCUUCAACACAACAUCUAUCGAUAUCGUGCCUGGCCUCGUUGCCCAUUCUCGAUCAACUGCGGCCUUCGUCAAGGUCGACGUUGACAAGCGAGACCCCUAUUCUGGCCCGUCUGCAAGUCAGACUGGAGUUCCCAAACGUUUUUUUCCUUGCAUCCCGCGCUUGGCUGCGAAAGCGGUCUGGCUCGCGGCAUCUUAUCACACACCAAUAA